AACCUGCGUGAUUUCGUAUACAUACAUAAUUGGGAGAACAAAAAUUUGAAUUUAUGUGGUAGGCCAAUAUUUCCAGCUUCGAAUAUUUUGUCAAUUUGCGUAGACCUCUAUUAAAAUAAUUCUCAAAAUGGUAGAGGGCAUGAUAAAAAAGCUAACUGCUAUUUUAUUUGGGCUUGUAUUGGCUGUAUUAUUUCGAGUAAUUAUACCCUCUACUCUGCGACUUAAAAGCGCUGAAAUAACCAUCAAUGUGCUUAACUGUUUUAAUUUUCUAACAAGUACCGUUUCAAUUAUUUUAUGCCUUAAUUUGGUCAGCCUAUACUUAGCGAAUUUGCGUGAUGAUUGGCUUGUUCUAGGGAUACUCGUCCUUCAUUGGACGUACUUCGCCAUUUCAAAACAACUAGAAGCCAUGAACAUGAGCUAUAGUACAUUCGUGGAUAGCUUAAACCUUAAAUGGCUGGCUUACUCCAACUUUAACAAGACAGAUUGGCCUUCGGUUGAAAAUGCGGUUUUAUGCUGUGGACUGGAGGGUCCCCGUUCUUAUAUGGAUUAUCUACAAGUGGUUCCAACACACUGCUAUCAUCCCGACCUUAUCACCCAAGGUUGCAGUGACUUUGUUAAAAACAUUUUUAUGCCGAUGCAACAAAUAAGUAAGUUGCUGCUCAGAUUGGCAAUUUUUGUGGAACUGGUAAUAUUACUUACUCUUGCUGCAACGCUUUUAAAGAAAUGCAUUUCUUUGAUUGGCGAAAGGAAACAUAAAAGAAUUAUUACACAGGGGCUUGCGGUACUAAUAGAUUUAUUUAAAAACACAUUUUAAACACAAGCCUUUCUCACCCAAACCAGAUACUAGAUGCCCUAUGCACAACACGACACUACCUUGUAACCAUUCUUGAGUACUGAAUGCAGUUUCUCGUAAUGAUUGUUUAACACUGUAUUGUUUUAAUCUAUGCCACUGUGUUGCAUACAAUAUGCAGAUGACAAAUCCAAAUGGAACAAAGAAAUAAAUUGAAAUAAGCUGUCUUUUAUUGCCGAUGACAA